AUGAAGGAUGGGUACAAAAAUACUACCCUUCCUCCUCCUGCUCCUUAUACUGCUACUGCUACUGCUACUACUGCUACUACUGCUACUACUGCUACUACUGCUACUACUGCUACUACUGCUACUACUGCUACUACUGCUACUACUGCUACUACUGCUACUACUGCUACUACUGCUACUACUGCUACUACUGCUACUACUGCUACUACUGCUACUACUACUGCUACUACUGCUACUACUACUGCUACUACUGCUACUACUACUGCUACUACUACUACUACUACUGCUACUACUACUGCUACUACUACUACUAUGAUAGCAUAA